UUGCGACAGCAUCGUAAUGCAGUGCAUUUUAUAGUUGCAUUUGUUUUAGUGGUUUGUGUUGUUUUCUGUUGCUAUCGCGUUUGUGUAUUUGGUUGUGUUGUACGCAGCGCGGUUGCCAAACGCUGCGCACGUGAUGUCAAAUUAAUGAAGUGUUUUUUUAAUUUGCAUCGCGUUUGUGUAGGCUACUUGGUUACUGCAGUCAGGGCUGACUGCGCAGCAGCUGCUGGAUGUAUUCUAAGCAAACCCAUGACAACAAGAUGGACAUCGUGUUUCUCCAGAACCAACACUCUGCUAUUAUUGGCAUUUACACUGAUUCUGAGUACGGAUAUAGAAGCUCUCCAGGUCAUUGGAGGAAACAUAACCGUUGUGCAAGGAGAGACCGCCAUCUUACCUUGCAAACUCAUCGACACCACGGAGCACCUAACCCAGAUUUCAUGGCAGAAGACGACCAGAGGAAAACCUAAAAAUGUUAAUUUCUUUACGGUCUUGGACGUAGAUGGACCACAGUUUGUCAACGGACAUGAUGAUCGAUUUAAAUUUAUCGGGAACUUUAAAGAAAACAUUGCAACCCUGCAGUUAUCCAAUGUCAAAUUGAUGGAUGAAGGCACCUACACGUGUAUCUUUACUUUGUUCCCCAGUGGAAAUCACAAGACAGACAUACCUCUAAACUUACUUGUGCCUCCGGUCUCAAGCCUGGAGGAUAAUCAUCCUACUUUGGGAAAUGAAGAAGUUUCCCUCGUCACUUGCAUAGCUGCUAGUUCCAAGCCUCCUGCACUGGUAAGGUGGCUUGUGGGUACUCUGGCAGAAACAGUGAGGGAAACCACCAACUUCACCCAGCAUGCCAACGGUACAACUACCACAACCAGCUCGCUGUUUGGAGUACCUACCAAAGAAGUCAACAGUCAUUCUGUCCAGUGCGUCGUCACCAGUGCAGCCAUGUUGGUAGAAGAAACCCUGUCCUUCGACAUACAGGUCUACUUUUCCCCCACUGAUGUGAAGAUCAGUGAAAGAUCUAAAGGCUCAUUAGAAUGUGUGACUGAAGCCAACCCAAAUGCGGACUUUACCUGGAGCAGAAAGAACCAGUUGUGGCCUCAGUUGGCUGUCAAAGUAGAUGGUGGAACACUACAGUUUCAGAGUAUGACCUCUGACCUCAAUGGCCUCUACCAGUGUGAAGCAAGUAACCGUUAUGGAAAAAAACAUAGUUACCUCUAUGUGCAUGUGACAGAUGCCAGCAUUACUGGUUGGAUCUUAUUUGGUCUUUUACUGAUUGUUCUUUUGCUGAUUGCCCUUGUUGCUGCGGUUUGGUACUUUUAUAGCUCUGGGAGAUUUACAAGGACAGGAGAGCACACACGCAGGGGGAGGGAAAAGGUCCCAACAACUUGCAACCCACCCGAAAGGCCUCAAAGAGUAGAAGAGGAAGCAGUAGAGGAAUCUCUUUGACAUGCAAGGCAGCAACAAGCUGGACAACUGUUGGACUGCAGCUGGCUUACACCCCCCAUGGUGUAUGUGUCAUUCCUCACUCAGCUGGUUAGUCAACACGGUAUAGGGUAAUGUCUAUUGCUACUAGUAUAGGGUAAUGUCUAAUG